AUGGACUCCACUUGCAUAAAGAGCCCAUUGUAUUAUCAUUGUUUUGAACUUACCAUCCCUGUGGUUUCAUUUUUGCAGUUGGACUCCCUCAAAACUGUUCCUGUAAGAACUGUGAACUGCCAAUCCUCGUCUGGUCUCGAGGCAGUCGCCGAUGUUGCUGCUGCUAUGCACAAGCAGGGUUCUAUGGCAUUGGUAAUGCUAGUCACUAGUCAGGCAAGUGAUCGUACUGGAGCUGUACCUCACAGAGAGAAAUAUACCACAACCGAUAUAGAUUUUCUCCGCUACCAAAAAGAGGGCCUCCCAUGGCCGCGCGUGUUCCCCAAGGCCAUCGCGAGCUCUCACGGCGCGUCGGGCUCUGCCUCCUGGCCCUCUUCCACCUCCGCUCGCGCCUGUGGAUCGUCGACGGCCCCUGCGGGCGUCGCCCCGCCAACGCGAACCUCGCUCUACUUCAACGGCCGGCUGCUCGCCAUCGAGGACGACCUCCCCUACAACGUGUCCGUCACGCGACCAAACGACGUGGAGACCGUCGGCAGGUACGGCUUCGCGUUCGGCGGCCCGUCUCUCCUCCCCGAUAGUCGCCCACAGUCCGAGGAUCGACCCGCACCAGGGCACCUCUUCCGCGCUGUCGGCUACAGCAACGGCAGACCCUACCUCAGUACGUUCAGGGUCAACCCGCUGACCGACGAGAAGAUCAAACGGACGUGCCCGUCACGCGCUAGGCCAGCACGAUUGGUCAACGACUUUCGCCAUCACGCCGACCACACGCCGUCAUCCCCGACACCAAGAAUCGUCUUCGACCUUCCGAAGAUGCUCCUCGGGGCCCCGGUCCGCUGCGAUCGGCCGGAAAACCCCCCGGGAACCGGUCCGGCUCGGCUAAGAAAGACCGCGUUCGUCUACCUCGCCGUCGCCGACCCUGGCCCGCAGGUGCUGCGGUGGAGGGCGAAGGCCGACCUGCAGACAGGGGAGUGA